GCCAGCCAGAGGAUUGUGCGAAUGAGGAAGUGCUGCAGAACAUAAGAAAUCUAGCCCCAGCUGAGAGUUAAAACCAGCAAGAUCAGCAAAGCAAAAUCCUGCCAAGGUGGUCUUUGAACUGAACGUGAAACGCUGCUACAGUUUGAUGCUUGGUUCAGUCCUGCCCUAUUUGAAACUGAAAUUCGUGAGGAAAGGCGUGGAAAGUUACUUCCAGCAGUCUGAACUCAGUACUCUCACACCCACAAGCUCACACCUCUCUCUCAGAGCGAAGACAAUUCCAAGCACUAGUCAUGCCUUAGGCUGAUUUUUAAAGCAUCUGCAAGAGGUACCACUGCGGGCAAAAGGCUGUGUAACAAGGAGAACUGUGGAUCGAAAAGACAGUAGUGACAUGGAGACACCAGCACACGGGGAGCUUUGUCCCGAUAGCUACAAUUACUACUGUCUUAAUGGAGGCACCUGCUACAUUCUGGUAUCCACUCCCUUCUGCUGGUGUAACAACAGCUUCAAAGGAAAUCGAUGCGAGGAGUUUCUGCUCCCCAGCCAGCGACCAGAACGGACUGUAAGUUCACUGCUCAUCAUUGUCGUUGUGGUCACCCUGCUCAUUGCGGUCCUAGUAAUCACCAGCAAGACGUACUUCUAUUGCAGGAAACGGCGGCAGAAGAGGAGGAGGGAGCGGGGCAGGAGCCUGUACCAGGUGGUGGCCAGACACAGGGACAAAGGCACUGGAGCCUCAAAGUAUGAGCAAGACCGUCAACACAUUUAAGUUCAUGGCUGCUGUGCGGAAGUGGCCUACAUCCUUAAGCUGCCUCGUUCUGAAUCAAUGAACCACUAAGCUACGAGUUACUCACUUUACUUUCAGGUCAGCAUCUUCAGUUACCGCCCACCUGAAACCUUUCCCUCUCAGAACCACACCUUCAAAUCCCAUUACCUACCAAUCCCUCAUGGUGACCAACAAGGUGAAUGGACUGAAAAUUGCUCAUCUCCAAACCAACUCAAACAUCCAAGAAUUACUAUAAAUGUGUUAUGGGCUUUGUGGAUCAACUGCUAAGACUGAAUGUGAAAGGAAUCAAUUUCCCGUAGCUUAACUGCUGAUUUAAAAGAACUAUGUUACAACAGUGUUGCUCCAUACACUUCAGCAUGGUUUCACCCUUAGCAAAGUGACUUCACUGCUCUUUUCAGCAAAGCCAAUACUCACCCAAGCAGGUAACACUAUGCCGGGAUGAGUGUUUGGCUGCACAGACCCGUUUCUGCUUUGAUUUGUGAGUGAGAUUGGGACGGUAAAAUUAUUGCCCGCUCCUGAAUGGCCUCCAGGAGGUGACGGUGAGGGCUUCACUCCAUGUGCUACAGUAUUGUUAUGGGGAGAUUGUAACACAAGAGACUGUGCAGGUGCUGGAAAUCUUGAGCAACACACACAUAAAAUGCUGGAGGGACUCCCCAAAUCAGGAAGGAUCUGUGGAGGUGAAUAAACAGCUACUCAUUCGAGCCACGACUCUUCAUCGUAAUCCUUCAUGAGGACUGUUUGAUGGCUGUGGACCUGUACUCACUGGAGCAGUGAGGGAGAAUCUCACUUAAACCUAUCAAAUAUUGAAAGGCCUAGAUAGAGUGAAUGCGGAGAGGAUAUUUCCUAAAAUGGGGAAUCUAGGGCCAAAGGGCACAACUUCAGAAUUUAGUGCAACCCUUUAGAACUGAGAUGAAGAAGAAUUUCUUUAGCAAGAGAGUGGUGAAUCUGUGGAAUCCAAUGCCAGACGGCUGUGAAGAUCAAGUCAUUGAGUAUAUUUAAAGCAGAGGUUGGUAUCUUCAUAAUUACUAAGGGUGUCAAUGGUUAUGGGGAGAAGGCAGAAGAAUGGGGUCGAGAGGGAAAAUAAAUCAGCUACAAUCAAAUGGCAGAGGAACGGCCUAAUUCUGCUCCCAUUUCUUAUGGUCCUAAGUGUCAACUAUUUAUUCCUCUCCAUAGAUAUUGCCUGACCGCUGAGUUCCUCCAGCAUUUUGUGCCUACUGUUAUUGGGCCCAGUGACAAUGUUCAAUACUGGCUUCCUCUGUUUGUGCGUUCCUUCCUGUGUGCGUGUGGGUUUCCUCCCACAGUCCAAAGACGUACUGGUUAGUAGGUUAAUUAGUCAUUGCAAAUAGUCCUGUGAUUAGGCUAGGGUUAAACUGGUGGGUUGUUGGGCGGUGCAGAUCGUAGUGCCGAAAUGGCGCUGUAUCUCCAAGUAAAUAAUAGGACAGUGUGUUUUGCAAAGUGUCAGAAUGCAUCAUUCUGCAUGUACUAUGUAUCAAAUCAAUCCUGUAUAUUUAUUUUCUGAAUAUCUUUACAUCUUGCCAUAUUUUAAUUACACUUGUGAACUUUUACCAUUAGAAAUUGUCUCCAUAUUUCUAAUAGAAAAUAUCGAUGUAAACUUCUGCUGCAAUUACACCUCCUGGUUAAUGGUACCACUGCAGUGCUUCCCCCUCUCGUUAAAUGCCCACCCCCAAUGCAUCCCACGCAUCCCUUUGUUUCACAGCAGGGUUCCUCUGCUUUGCAAAUUACCUUCAGCGUUGUUGUUUACCACUAGCUAACAAACAAGGUGACAUCGGAAAAACAAAGGAAUGCAAAGUCUUAAAAUGGACUCGAUAUACCAGCCGACUUUAAGCAACUGCAUUACCCAGACUGUUCAAGCCAAGAGUCGGAUGCUGGAAUCUGGUGCAAUAUGAAAAGGGCUGGAGGAACUCAGCAGGUCAGGCAGCAUCUACGGAGGGAAAUGGACAGUUGAAGUUUCAGGUCGAGACCCUUCAUCUGGACUGGAAAGAGAGGCAGAAGAUAGCCGAUAUUAAAAAGGUAAGGGGAAGAGGUGGAACAAAAGCUAGCAAAUGACAGGUGAAGGGAGAUCGGCACACAAGGUAGGAAUGAUGUUAAAAGCUGAAAGGUGAUAGGUGGAAGUGACGAAGGCAUGGAUCUGAUGGAACCUGAGAUCAGAGGGCAGUGGUGCAAUGGAAUAAAGGGAGGGAGGUAGGGAGGAGUGUGUUGAUGAUGGGCAGGUGGAAACAGGAAGACGGUGGGGAGGAGAAAGACAGUAAUGGAAGCCAGUUAAAUAAGCUGGAGAAAGAAUAGGAAACAUCGGCUUCCAGCCGGAUACAGGUAUCGAUUAUAACCGACGCUUCGAUGACAAAAUGCCAUCUUCAUCAGGGAUGAUGCCUGGGCAUGUCUAGUCAAAUGGUAUUUAUACCCCUGUACUCCACCCCUCCUGAUUGGUUAGUCCUCGUCCAAUCAGGUUUCCACUCGCCCACCUUGUUUACGAUCGAAUUCCUGUUCUUACUUAGAGCAAGAUCUUCGUCUUUGUAAAAAUUCUUUUCCUUUAGUUAUAUUUCAAUGACUUCCUUUACCAGGUGGUCCCAAAAGCCUUCGGCGCGGCACAGUAGUUUUGUAUCAUCGAAAGUCAAUCCCUUGUCCAUUGUGAACGUAAUGAUCUGCUACUGCUGAUUUCUCGGGGUAACCCAAACGGAUAUACAGUACCUCCUGUGCUCCUUGAUGCCGGUUUCGAUCAUGCCCCCCGUCUGGCCGAUAAUACGCUGCUCCGCAUUCACAGGGAAUCCUGUAAACGCCGGACGACCCGAGUCCUAGGUCAUUUUUGACCCACACAAGCUGUGAUUUGAGCUCCUUUACGGGUUUGUGGAUGGUAUUAAUCUGGUAUUUCUUCAGGAUCCUGGCGGUCCUUCUAGAACCCGGGGAAAUAUAGGGAAGACAGGCGGUAGCGAUGGGUUCCUCCUCGUUAGCUUUCCGGGUUUUUUUUUCCGUCAGCACUUUUAAGGGUCCAAUUGAUUUACUUCACCUUGUAGCCAUUGUUUAGGAACUCCUUAUUUCCUCCGGGUCCGGAAUAGUUUUCGCAAGGUUAAUCAAAGUAGAAAGAACAGCUCUACAUUGGGAGGCGUGAUGAUGGCUAUUAUUGUUCAGGUAUAAGUCUGUAUGUGGGUUUCCGAUAGAUGCCAUGUCCGAGACUCCAGUCCAGUUUCCGUCGUAUUAGAAAGUCCAGGAAUGGGAAACAACCAUUCUUCCCUAUCUCCAUCACAAAUAGAAUGUUCAGCUGGUCAUGGAACUGUUAAAGUUAACAUGUAUAAAGUUAAGUUUUUGUUUUUUUGUUGGCAGAAAUACAGUGUAAAUACAUAAAUUACUAUAAACUACAAAAAUAAAUAAGAGGUGCAAAAAAAAACAAGGUCGUGCUCGAGGGCUGUUCAUAAAAUCUGAUGGCUGACAGGAGGAAGCUGUGACGGUAUAAUGUUAGACCACAAGACUUAGGAGCAGAAUUAGGUCAUUUGACCCAUCCGGGACUGCUCCACCAUUUCAUCAUGGCCAAUCCAUUUUCCCUCAGCCCCAAUCUCCUGUCUUCUCCCCGUAUUCCGUCAUGCCCUGACAAAUCAUAAAUCUAUCAACUUUUAUAUAUAUAUAUAAAGGAUUGACCUCCACAGUUGCCUGUGGCAAUGAAUUCCACAGGUUCACCACUCUGUGGCUAAAGAAAUUCCUCCUCACGUCCAUUGUAAAAGGACUCCCCUCCCCUCUAUUCUGAGGUUGUGUGCUCUGGUCUUGGACUCUCACACCAUUGGAAACAUCCUCUCCAUGUCCACUCCAACAAGGCCUUUCAUAGGUUUCCAAUGAGGUCACGCCUCAUUCUUUUGAAUGCUAGCGAAUACAGGCCCAGAGCCAUCAUAUGACAAGCCAUUCAGUCCUGGAAUCAUUAUUAUGAACCUGUUUUGAACCCUGUUCCAUUUCAGCACAUUCUUUCAAGGAUAAGCGUCCCAAAACUGCUCACAGUAUUCCAAGUGAGGCCUUGCCAGUGCUCUAUAAAGGUUCAAUAUUACAUUCUUACUUUUAUAUUCUAGUCCUCUUGGAAAAUAAAUGCUAACAUUGCAUUUGCCUUCCUCACCAGCAAUCACAGACUCCUGCCACUGUCUGUAAGGAGUUUGUCCGUUCUCCCUGUGACUGCAGAGGUUUCCCCCACAUUCCAAUGGCAUACGGCUAGGGUUAGUAAAUUGUAUGCAGCUAUGUUGGCACGAGAAACGUGGCAACACUUGCCAGCUGUCCCAAGCACAAUCCUCGGACUCUGUCGUUGAUGCAAAGCAACACAUUUUGCUCACAUUUUGGUGUAUGUGUGACAAAUAAA